UAGGCUGACCAGCUGACUGAGGAGCAGAUCGCAGAGUUCAAGGAGGCCUUCUCCCUAUUUGACAAGGAUGGAGAUGGCACUAUCACCACCAAAGAGUUGGGGACAGUGAUGAGAUCCCUGGGACAGAAUCCCACUGAAGCAGAGCUACAGGACAUGAUCAAUGAGGUGGAUGCAGAUGGGAAUGGGACCAUUGACUUCCCAGAGUUCCUGACCAUGAUGGCCAGAAAGAUGAAGGACACAGACAGUGAGGAGGAGAUCCGAGAGGCGUUCCGUGUCUUUGACAAGGAUGGGAACGGUUACAUCAGCGCUGCAGAGCUGCGUCAUGUAAUGACGAACCUGGGGGAGAAGCUGACCGAUGAGGAAGUGGACGAGAUGAUCAGAGAGGCUGACAUCGAUGGAGAUGGCCAGGUCAAUUAUGAAGAGUUUGUACAGAUGAUGACUGCAAAGUGAAGGCCUGCGGGCAGCUGGUGAUGCCCGUUCUCUUGAUCUCUCUCUUCUCUUGCGCGCACUCUCUCUUCAACACUCCCUUGCGUACCCCAGUUCUAGCAAACACCAAUUGAUUGACUGAGAAUCUGAUAAAGCAACAAAAGAUUUGUCCCAAGCUGCAUGAUUGCUCUUUCUCCUUCCUCCUUGAGUCUCCCUCCAUGCCCCGUCACCUCUUCCUUUUGCCCUCCUUCCUUCUAUUCACACGUUCCAAGGCCUGAUGCAUUCAUAAGAUGAACCCUCUAACCCCCAUUCCCCUCAGGGGAGCCUCUGCCCUCCUCCAGCCCGGGUGGCUCUCCUCUGUUUCAGUUUGUCUCCUUUUGUUUGUCAUCUUAUUUUGGGUGCUGGGGUGGCUGCCAGCCCUGUCCCAGGACCUGCUAGGGAGGGGAACGAGGCCCUAACCCAGGCAGAAGAGCAUGCCCUUUGCUGUUGCAUGCAACCAGCUCUGUGAGUCCACGUGCAAGUCCCAGCAGCCUAUUAGGGCAGGGGUGCCAAGAGAGGCAUUCCAGAAGGACUGAGGGGGGAUUGAAGAAUUGUGGCAUUGACUGGAUUGUGGCCCAGGAGGGGGUUGAGGAGCAAGGGGGUCUUGGAAGCUGGCAUUCUUUUAUCACUUGAGAGGUUGACUCACAGUAGGGGACAGACAGAGUGGACUGCACUCAGAUCCCACCGGCUGCUGUUCUGAAACCAUCCGAUUGGCUUUCUGAGGUUGGGCUGGGUGGGGGACUGCUCAUUUGGCCACUCUGCAAAUUGCACUUGUGCAUGUUCCUAAAGCGAUCUCAAGCUGUUCUGUAAAUACCUGGUGCUAACAUCCUGUGCCACUCCCUCCUCAUGAUGUACCCACCUACCCGUCCCACCUGCCUGAGGGCCUAUCCUAGGAAUGGAUAUGGGGUUGGUCACUUUGUAAUGUACUGGUUGUCCUUUCUUUUUUUUUCCCCCUUCAUGCCCCUUAAAAGUUACAUUCUGUUAAAAACCAUGCCGGGCUAGCUGAAGGGUGGGGAGAGGGAAGAUGAGCCCCCACCAUGCUCUCAAGAGAUCAUACCUGCAAUAAAAAAUUUUGUCGGCCAGCUGCCUAGAGGAUGGCAGCCAAGGGCAGCCUCUGCUUCCUGGUCAGCCGGCACCUCCUGCUUCUCCGUGGUGACUUGGCACCGCUUCCUCACAUCUGUGCUGUCUGUGUGCCCUCCUCUCCCCUGCCUCUCCCCUCACCCACCUGCCUGCCCCCCACACUUCCGCAGCGGAGAGCAUGAUCCGUGCCCUUGCUUCUGACUUUCGCCUCUGGGACAAGUAAGUCAAUGUGGGCAGUUCAGUCAUCUGGGUUUUUUUUUUUUCUGUUCAUUUUAUCUGGCUCUCCCCACCCCCUGCCACCCACUGCCCAGGUCGAUCAAAGUGGCUUUUCCUGGGACCUGCCCAGCUUGGAGAAUCUCUUCUCAUCCACCCUCUGGCACGAAGCCUCGGAGGGAGGGAGGGACAGGGCAUGGUGGGUGACCCAGCCAAGAGCUGAGGGUAAGGGCAGGUAGGCGUGAGGCUGUGGACGUUUGCAGAAUGUUUUAGGUUUGUUUUGUUUUGUUUUGUUUUUUAAACCGGGCAAUAUUGUGUUCAGUUCAAGCUGUGAAGAAAAAUAUAUAUCAAUGUUUUCCAAUAAAAUACAGUGACUACCUGA